AUGGGUUUAUGUAAGUGUGAACGGAGACGGGUAACUAACCUAUUUUGUUUCGAGCAUCGGGUUAAUGUGUGCGAAUUUUGUUUGGUGGCAAAUCACCACAAGUGCAUUGUUAAAUCCUAUCUUCGAUGGAUAAAGGACAGUGAUUUUAACCCAUCAUGUAGCAUUUGUCACGAGCCUUUCGAAGCGGAUCCUUCCAAAAAAUGUAUCCGUUUGGUGUGCCUUGAUGUCUUUCACUGGAAUUGCCUCAAUAAUUACGUAAUGAGCUUGCCACCAACUACAACCCCAGCAGGAUUUUUGUGCCCGUUAUGUGGCCAACCAAUCAUUCCUCAGGCUAAUCAUGGCGGUCCUGUCGCAGAAGCGCUCAGAUCAUGUUUAAGCGAAGUUGGUUGGGCCAAAGAAAGUUUGAAUGAAAUAAGGCCAUUUUUCCAUCUGGAAGGUCAUCCGAAGUCCACAUCAACACCUAACAUGAACAUCUGUGUUUCAAAUCCAACAAAUGGAAAGCUUCUCAAUUCAUGUCUAGAUGUAGCUGCAAGACAAUUUUUGAAAGGACAUGACGUUACAGACAUAUUGGAGAGUCCUCAGAAAACAACAGGAUUCCAGAUAGACAAUUCUAAGGACACUAAUAUGUAUACUGAUAUUUCCCAGCUACAUUAUCAACGAAGAGAUCAACCAUCAUUAAACUCCCAGAAGCUGUUCAUGUCCGAAAAUGAUGAUAAUGAUAAAUAUAAACGACAUCUAACAUUCGCAUGGCUCAGACGUUUCCUCCGGAGGCAUUCAUCACAUUUUACACGUUUAUCGGUUAUUCGACGAAAUCGUCUUAUUCUAUUAAUUAUGGGUUGUAUAAUAUCUAUUUUCCUACUGGGUUUUUUUGGUUCUCAACCGAAGGAUAUCACUGGUGAUCCAUUAUUAGAUCCUCAUAUGAAUCCAAAUAUUCAUUUUAAUCUGGAACCUAUGGAUUCAAUGAAAGAAGUCUUAAAUAAUCAUAAUCUUAAUAAAGACAGAGAUAGAGGCGUUAUUGAUGGGUUGAAUGAAGCCUAAUUCUACGGUGAGAUGGUACUUUUUCUAAACACUAGCUUCCUUAUUGUGAUUCGAAUCAAUGGACAAUUUAACUUAAUGUAACUAAUCAUUUUGUCUUUUAUUGUCUAGUUUAUUUUUUUUCCUUAUUUCUUGUUAAUAAAAUCGUUAGACGUUUUUAAACUUUGAAUAGACGACUUGCUAUUCAUCUUCUGUUUCGUUAGAUUCGAAUGUACAUGUUUGAUUGUCAGUCAAUCGUAUAUUCUGAUGUUUUUUUAUAUUUUUCCUACUCCUGAUUAUCAUUAAUGUAAUACUAUCUUUGUUUGACCUUAUUUUAAUUACUAUAUGCUGGUGAAUAGUGGUUAGUCCGCCUCCUUUUAUGAUUUUAUAACCCCCCGUAACUUAUCUGAUAAAAACUGAUAUUCAAGUUUAUGCUCGUGUGUCUCUGAGUUUUUUCCUAGCGAAUAUAUAGUAACCAACAUUCGUUUAGUUUUUGUAUUAGUAAUCAGAUCUGUACAAGAUAUUUUACAAUAUUUAAAAGAUCACUACAUUUG